UCAUACAUCUGGUAACAAAAGACAAUCCAGUUCUUUGAUUGACCUCACCUCGGACAGUACCUGGGAUCAACAAAAGCUUCACUUGUAUCCUAAAUCCCGCUUGCGGCCAAAAAGCGCUUCAUCUCCCUGGAUUCCUUCCAUCACCAUCCCUCAGCCCUUCCAAAUGACACUGCGGGAAGCUCACAGAAAGUCGCAGCUGAUGAAGUCAUACAUGUUUCUUGAACUAGACAAACAGACAGACAAAAGGCAAAGCCAGGACGAAGCUGAAUGUCAGAAACAAUUCCGGGCACAGCCUGUACCUGCCCACGUGUUUCUGCCCCUUUAUCAGGAAAUAAUGGAGCAGAAUGAGAUUCGCAGGCAAAUCGCAACACAGAAAAGAAAAGCGCUGCUACUUUCAACCCAGCGGCCCUUCAGCUUCCUGGAGAAGGAGGAGAAAAAGAAAGAAGCUAUCAGACAAAAGUUCCUGGCAGCAGCAACCCCAAAUGAGAGCUCCAAACAGAAGCAAGCCAGUAAAAAAGUUCCUAAAUCUACUUAUGAUCCACUCCUUGGAGAUAAACUCAAAGAAGCUGAACUCUACAGAGAAAUCCGCAUUCAAAUGAGAGCGAAGGAUUUGCUUGAGAGCUCCGUAGCUCCUAUAGAUACUAGCAACUGUCGGAGGGAGCCUCAGUCCCGAACUGCCACUAAAACUAAGCAGGAAAGACUUGGCUUCUUGCAGGACAAAAGUUUCAGCUUCAAGCCAAGGAUUAAUCCAACAAUACCGGAUUUUGAAGGACUUUACUGGGCAUUUCAGAGGGAAGCAGUAAGGAGACAAGAAAUCAAAGAGGCAACUCGUAAUAAGCCAUUCAAGCUAAGAACCUCCAAUCUCCGUGGCAGGCAGAGGCAGGCUAAUGACAAGAUAAAGGAUUCCCAGCAACUUUCCAAGGUUUCAGCACAAAAAAGUCAUUCUCUGACUGGACUUUCCUCUCUCUCUUCCAACACCCUUCCAGUGCAUAUUACAGAUGCAACUAGGAAAAGGGAAUCUGCUAUUAGAUACUCCCAGGAUAACAAAAACGAAAGGGACAAAGAAGGAAUUUAUUGGCUGGAGAAACAGAAAAAGAAAUGUCAAGCAAUCCGAAAGUCAGUGAACAGCCGAGCAAAAGCCCUAGAUCCGCACAAAAGUCUGGAGGAAACACACAAGAAGUCAAAACAGAACUGGCAAAAUCUGAGAGAGAGAACAAAGGAAUACAGAAAGGAGCUGGAAGAAAUGCAGCUGCGAGUCAAGAACAGACCCUACCUCUUUGAACAGGUCACCAAGCACGAUGCUCGACAAGGAGCAGAGCGUCGCUACAGACACACCCUCCAGCAGGUUGGGCUAAGCGAAGAAUUUGUAAGGAAAAAAGGGAAAGAUGCCACUGACUUGCUGGAAGAAGAAUCUGACGUUCACAGAGUGCCCAAGCCUCGAGGUGAAAAGGACGACUGUGCGGUACAGGAAGGAGACGCUCAAGAGGAACGGGGCGGAAAGGAAAUAGCACCGUAA